CUCGUUAGCAGUUUUGAGUACGGCGUUACUCUCUGAACUGUAUAACCGACAGAUAGAAAACAAAACUCGGCAGCUAAUGCUACUAGCAAAUGAGUCUCUUUUUGUCUCCACACGAUUAGACCUAUACCGUAGAGAUGAUUGCUAAGAAACAACGUUAUAUCUUGUACCUUCUGUAAAUAUUAUAUACUUUCUGUAAAUAGAUGUAAAUAACGAGUUCGGAGUUUCAACAGUACCAUCCUCUAUGUGCCUCUAACACCAAAUGAGAAGGCACAGCCUGCCUCUAUGCAAUCUUUUGCUGUACGCCGUUGUUGGUAGCCUUCAGAAUACCUCGUUUACCAGCUGAUUGGCGAAUCGUCCUUUCAGUGAUGGUAUAUAUCCGUUCAUUUGAACAGAAACUGUCAUUCAGUAUAGGUCAGAGGCGUAUGGCCCUUCUGCAUUUUCAGCGUAUGAGCCGAAGAUCUAUAAAGCAUUAGCGAACAAUUAAGAGAUCAUACCCGCUAGCCCGCGCCUAGCCGCCACCUUGAUAUAUCCAACUGUUAGAUACAAGUAUAUACUACAUUAUCGGAAUUUCAACUUGCUAACUUGAUUCGUAGUUCGAAGUACUUAAAACACCCAGACUAUGAAUUUAUAUCUUCAGCAAGAAAAAAAAUAUUGCAACACCAAGUUCUUUCCUCCAUGUUCAAUGAACAGAGUGGUAUGUACGUUUUUGUUAUGGUUAGUUGAAGGUGAGUUGUUUUUUCUUGAUAAAAUUUUAUUUUGUUUGUAUUUUGUGUACUCUUGUGUGUUCUUCUAUCUUGAUCAUUAUGGGUGAUGAGUUAAUCGUUUCAGGGGUAGAAUUCAAUGUGAAUGUGAUGGCCGGAGAUGGGGACAAUAAAACUCGAGUGAAUUUGAAUUCGUCAACUAAUCUGGAUCAAGAAACGGAUAUAGAAGUAUGUGACAUCUGCAUAGUGCCGGAAAGCUCCACUCAUCUAACUGUCACAACAGUAUUGCUAUACUGCAAACAGAAAAUCCUGAAUCCGUACCUGAGGUUGUUGAGCUUUAUGGGAUUGCGUUCGUUACUAAAUGAAAGAGAAUCUUCAUUUUUCCUCAAAGUGUUCAAUUAUUUUUAUACUGCUACUGCCAUACUUUUUAUGAUUAUAGGAUACAUUCUCCAAUACAUGUCUUGCUUCAGGAGAGACCGAGGAUUUUGGUAUGUGAUAACAAGUGACACACGCUACACGAAGACUUCCGUUAAUGCCAUUUUCCUGGAAACAUGCGAAGGCUCUCUGAUAUUCACGUUCGUCAUUCCGAGUAUUCUGCAUUUUGCUGCAUAUCUUCAUGCCAUUUAUGUCUUCAGGAGUGGGGAUGAUGAACAACUACCUGUUCUCAUGGAAAGAGUUUUUCUUAUAACCACCAACCUCAGUAGUAGUUUUAUCACCCAGAAAAAGUUAGUGAGAACACUAUGGUUUUACAUCAUUUUUAGUGUAUUAUGGAUGAUCUCAUGCUUCGCUGUAGUCAAUUUUAUGAUGACAGUCGGAAAUAUCAACUUCAAAUGGUUGGAAGAUGACACAACUGGUUCGUGGGGUGUGUGGUUGAUGAAGAUACUCCUGGUUAUGUGCACAUUAGCCCAUGAUAUGGUUCAAGCAACCAUUAUUUCUAACUACUGCCUUCAAGCAGAACUACUCACAAAUUAUGCGCUAUUUCUGAAAGAGAAGCUAUUGCAACAAUCUGUCGUCCCUUUAGAGUGGAUGAGAGAAAUUGAGGAUUUCAAGAAACUUCUAGACUACUUUAAUGGAAAAGUUGCGCACUCAGUUUGCAUCCUCACUAUUAUUAAUAUCUCAUUCUCAUGCUCUGGAUUGUUGUGGAUCACGAACUUAGAUCAUAUUGACAGGGAGACGUUAUCAGGAUUCAGCUUCAGCAUUCUGAAUAUCGCACUAUGGUGUUUCAUUGCAGUUUCUCCAUUCAUUCAAGCAGCCAGAUUAUCACAUGCUUGUCAGAAACUGAAGACUUCAGGUCAGGAGGCCAGAACACGUCCCUAUGUCCACCUGGAUACGCCUACUAUUGAACUAGAUUCGAUAUUGCUGUACACUACAAGUUUGAGCAUUAGCGGCAAACUUUAUUUCACAAGUAUUACGGGAAGAAGAAUAUGCCUAUAUAUGACCAUUGUUGCCAUUAUUUUAUUAGUACUUGGGCAGUGUCAUUAUUUAGUUUUCAAAUAAAUUUUUCGUUUUUAUUUUA